UAAGCCCCGCCCGCCGUGGCGAGCAUGUUCGUGCAUCCACACGGGAUCAUCCGCGGAAAAGGAAGAUAAUCACAGGCUGUCAGAAAAGUUUUCCUGCGGGGAAAGGAUAGGGCUCGAUCGGGCAGAGGACCGCCGGAGGAUCGCACUCUAAGGAUUAUUAAUUAUCACAAUAAACUGUAUUCAUCAUGGACGCGCUUAAAUCCGCCGGGCGCGCGAUCAUUCGCAGUCCCAGUCUGGCUAAACAGUCGUGGACCUCUGGAAAACAUAAAAAGCUGCCGGAGAACUGGACAGACACGCGGGAGACGCUGCUGGAGGGGAUGGUCUUCCAGCUGAAGUAUCUGGGCGUGACGCUGGUGGAGGAACCCAAAGGAGAAGAGCUCUCAGCCGCUGCUGUCAAGAGAAUCGUUGCCACAGCUAAAGCUGGUGGGAAGAAGCUUCAGAAGGUGACGCUGAAGGUUUCUCCUCGAGGGAUUAUUCUCUAUGACAGUGUAUCAAACCAGCUAAUAGAGAAUGUGUCCAUAUACAGGAUAUCAUACUGCACGGCUGAUAAGAUGCAUGAUAAAGUGUUCGCCUACAUCGCUCAGAGUCAGCGCAACGAAACGCUGGAGUGUCACGCGUACCUCUGCACCAAGAGGAAAGUGGCUCAGGCGGUGACGUUAACGGUGGCUCAGGCUUUCCGUGUGGCAUUUGAGUUUUGGCAGGCUGCUAAAGAAGAGAAAGAGAAGCAGGUGAAGUGUGGAUCUGAUGGAGAGGCGGCCAGCAGCUCUCAGUCGGAGAGUUCAGUCAGUCUGGGCAGCACCAAAGGAGGAGAGGUGGCCACUGGGGAUCUACUGGACCUUGAAAUUGGAGUAAAAGAUCACUCAGGAAAAGACGCCACACACCCGGCACAGAAUCUCAGCACAGAGAACAACAACACUGUCUGGGAACUUGAGGAUGGUCUAGAUGAGGCUUUCUCAAGCCGCAGUCUGGAUAGUUUUGAGUCCAACACAGACUCGCUGAGUCUCGCACUAACCCCCAGAUGCUGGACAUUGGGGUAAACCCUCAGGACUACAACCCUGAAGAGUGCCUGUCGCCUAGCAACUGGGACAGAGCUGAUGCUGAGGCUGCUGAUGCUGAGGACCCGUUCGGAUUCUGAUCGGAGGAGCGCGGAGGAACCACACUAAAGCGAUCGUGCUCGUCUCAGCGGCGCCCUCUGGCGGCCUCAGAGCAAUCCGCAGCCGGCUUUGAGUUGACAUGAGGGUCGGCAAACCCAACGAGAUGACUUCAACAAAAUCACAGACCAAAGCAAUACCACCCCACCCCUCUCCCCAAAUUAUGUUUAAGUAUAUUGAGAUUUUAAGUUUUCUGUUAGUAUACUUCCCAUACCCCCCCCCCCUUUUGUUGUAUGAAUAUAAAAUGUAUGUGCACAACAAUAACAAUAACUAAUUUUUGCUGAUUUGUUAUUAUUAUUAUUAUUAUUAUUAUUAAUGGGUUUAAUUGCUGAGGCUAGCUUUGCAAUUCUAUGCAGUCGAAUUUCUGAAUAUAUAGUGCGAUUUAUUUUAGAUCGCGGGGCAAUGCUUACUAAAUUACAUGAUGUUUGACGUU